CCGGAGCCCCCGCCGCGCGGGGAAGAGGGCGGGGACCGUCAGGCCGCGCGGGCUCUUUAAGACCGUAUCCGUGCUAACACCGACUGGCUCCUGGAGAGGGCGGUGAGACUAAGCAAGGACAAGUUCCAAAGGGAGGAGAGCCCCCCCCACCUGGCUUCAGGGCCCACACGUUGUAGUCCUUCAAGAUCUCGGUAAGGCCUAUAGCUUGUGAACAGGUGGGGUGGAUUCAAGAUCCAGGAAGCGUUAGGCCACUGCGGUGGAUGGAGAGGCAGAGGAAUCCACCACCGUGGGCUGUUGGGAGGCCUGGGGCUUCUGGUCUUCAGGAAGUUUCCUGGGCUGAGAGAUGGAGCUGCGCCUGCCUUUGGGUCUGGCUCACCAAUGGGGCAUCCCGCAGCCCCCUAAGGAUCUCCGAGAGCACAAGGGCAGGGGUGGAGAGGUGACUGGUGGCUCUGUGUCUCCUUGGCUCCCACUGGGGGUUGGUCUACCGGGCCCUGGGAAGAGGAGAAGCUGAGUGGUCUGAUGACACAGGGUGUGCCGAAUGACGAUUGUGAAGUCACAGAGGAAGUGGGGUGCUACAGCCGGGCCUGGGGGGCCGACCUGGGGCAAGAGGAGGAAAGGUGUUGCCCAGGCAGAUCUGUGGAAGGGACUCUGGGAUCAGCGGGGCACACCUGGUGCCCACGGUGGACUGAUGAGUCGGGUGAGGCCACCCUGGCCCAAGGGUCCCCCUCCCCCUCCUCCUCAGGAACGCAGACAGUUCUGUGGUCCACGUUCUGGAAAGCUUAACCACCACCCACACCAUGUGGAAGGAAAGCAGUUGAGAGACAGGGUGGCACAUCUGGUUGCUCCCCUCUCCCUCCUCCAGACUCCUCCCGGGCACACUGCCCUUGCUCUGCCUAGCCCCAGCUCUGUGAGCUUUCUGUUCCUCCUGAGUAGCUGACCUCCAGGACCUGGGGUUCCCGGACUCCGGGGAGUGUGUGCCGGAGAGCAGAGGCGUCCUGAAGAGCACCACUGACCCCCACCCUCCUACUUCUCCAGAUGCAGGGGCCUCCAUGGCUGUGAUAAGCCUUCUGUUCUUGGCAGUGAUGUACGUCGUCCACCACCCCUUGCUGGUCAGUGACCGGAUGGACUUGGACACGCUAGCCAGGAGCCGGCAGCUGGAAAAGCGGAUGAGCGAGGAGAUGCGCCAGUUGGAGCUGGAGUUUGAAGAGAGGAAGCGAGCAGCGGAGGAGAAGCAGAAGGCAGAGAACUUCUGGAGAGGGGACACUUCUGGUGACCAGCUAGUGCUGGGGAAGAAGGACAGGGGGUGGCCGUUCCAGGUGGACGGCCAGGAGGGCCCUCUGGGCUGGAUGCUAGGAAAUCUGUGGAAUGCUGGCCUCUUUUGCAUUUUUCUCAUUUUUGAGCUCCUGCGACAGAACAUGCAGCACGAGCCAGCCUUUGAGUCCAGCAGUGACGAGGAGGAGGAGGAGGUCCGGGUGGUGCCCAUCACCUCCUACAACUGGCUCACUGACUUCCCCUCCAGGGAGGCCCUGGAAUCUUUCCAUAAACACCACGUCCAGAACGUCACCCGGGACCUGCCCUGCACCUGCGAGUUUGUGGAGAGCUUUGUGGAUGACCUCAUUGAGGCCUGUAGGGUGCUCAGCCGCCGGGAGGCUCACCCACAGCUGGAGGACUGCCUGGGCAUCGGGGCGGCUUUCGAGAAAUGGGGAACCCUCCAUGAGACCCAGAAGUUUGACAUCCUGGUGCCCCUCGUCCCCCCACAGGGCACAAUGUUUGUGCUGGAGAUGAGGGAUCCGGCCCUUGGCCGCCGCUGUGGCUGCGUGCUGGUGGAGUCAGAAUGCGUGUGCAAGCGUGAGAAGCUGCUGGGGGACGUGCUGUGCCUGGUGCACCACCACAGGGACCACUCGGCCCUCGUGGGUACGCCUAACAGCUCCAUCAAGGCGGCGCUCUGCACCGGCUCCCACCUGGACGUGUACAAGACUGUACAAUGGUUCCGGAACAUGGUGGGCAAUGCCUGGGCCCUUGUGGCCCACAAGUAUGACUUCAAGCUCAGCUUGCCACCGUCCACCACCUGCUGCAAGCUCAGGCUGGACUACCGCUCGGGCCGCUUCCUCUCCAUCCGCCUGGUCCUGGGGGUGCAACGGGAAGACACCUUGGUCUACCUGGUGAGUCAGGCCCCCAACCAGGAACAGGUCACCAGUGUGGACUGGCCCGAGUCCUUUGCGGCCUGUGAACACCUGUUCCUAAAGCUGGUCGGGCGUUUUGCUCCCGAGAACACCUGUCACCUCAAGUGCCUCCAGAUCAUUUUGAGUCUCCGGGACCUUCAGAGUUUACCCCAGGGAGCGUCCUGCCCCAUCCUCACCUCUUACCACUUCAAGACAGCCCUCAUGCACUUGUUACUGCGGCUCCCCCUCACAGACUGGCAACACGACAUGCUCUCCCAACGACUCCAGGACAUCCUCUGGUUCCUGGGCCGAGGCCUCCAGCAGAGGUCUCUCCAUCACUUCCUCAUCGGCAACAACUUUCUGCCCCUGACCAUCCCGAUUCCCAAGACAUUUCGGAAUGCUGAGCCCGUCAAUCUCUUCCAACACCUGGUGCUAAACCCCAUGGCACAUUCACAGGCAGUGGAAGAGUUCCACAACCUUCUGGCCCAGGUGAAAGCUCUGCCCUGUUCCUCGCUGGCCGGGGCAGAUUGACUCAUAUACAGGCCAUUAAAAAGGGGGAGACGGUAUUUCUGAUUCCUCAGGCGGCAAAAAGUUUUAUUUCUCAGACACAUCAGUGAUAUGUGUGACCUUCACCUUGCCAGUAGGGGGUUAUGAUAGAUUAAAACACUUAGGUAUACAUGAAGCAGUUAUGAGGGGUCCAGCCUGCAGGGGCUAAUCUAGGGUGGGUCUUUGAAGUUUUCUUCUCCUGACUUAACUUUCAUCAUGACCCAAAGAGGGCCCAGGGAAAUGGAUGUUAUGGGAUUGCCUUGCUGCUAAAGAGUUGAGAUCUGGAGGGGACCUGUGAAGUUGGGAUGUGUAGUAACACUGGAAGUGAAAGAACCAGAGAAUACCUCCAUUCCAGCUUAUUUGUGUGUGUGUGUGAAUGACUCCACACACAUCCCUUGUAAACUGGCUUCCUUACUGAACUCAGCCCAAUUCACAGCCAAGCUGGUAGCACCCUGUUUUAUCCCAAAUACUGUUAUGGUAGCUUCUUGUUAUUUUAGGAUCAGAGUUUUCAGACCUUCAUUAUUUGAAGAUGUUUAUUUGCUAUUUUCUUCAUUUAGCCCUUUCUUCAUGUUAUGUGAAAUGCAGCUGUUUUAUGCAUCUGAAAAAAAUUCCAAUGCUACCCAAAUAACUUAUUAGCAUUGAUUCACAAACAAAUAUUAAGUCGACAAUGGCCUGUCCCAUAAUUGAGAUGAUGUGUAUUCUAAAGUUAAUGACAUUGCCAACAUCUGAUGGCCAACUUCGGGCCUGGAAACAUCAAAAAACCCUUAAGGAGGACAGUCUCUUGGGAGGCUUGGAGAUGAACAAUUCCUGUUUCUGAGGGGAGUCACUUGUUUGUUAAAUGGAAAGAAGGUUUAGCUACCACAUGUAGCUGUCCUUUUCAGUCUGUUAAUGCCUUUGUAUUCUGUCUUCAAAGAUGACAAGGUAUUAUUUGAACUAUGUUUGUGGGUUUGCAAAGCGGGGUCAUUGCAAUCCAGGCCCAUUGCCAGGGCUGGACAGGAAGGGGCUGUGAAGCUGAUCAGCUCUAACAAAGCCAUGAUUCCGGAGAUGUGAUUGGUAUAUUUCCCCAUCUUUCAAAACCCUGGGUAUCCUGGGGAGGAGCAUUAAGAAAUGUGAGACUCUAGCUGUGGGUGUGGUUGUUUUGGAAAUACCAGCGCUAUUCCUAGCCAGCACACCAGCACUGCCAGAACUGGGCCCCACUUUUACCUUGACCUUGGGUGGGGUGACCUCUGGGGGGGUUAGAUGCUGGCCGCAGAGGCUGUGCUUACAGAAUCCACACCCUCCCUUCCACAAAAAUAAAUGACAGGAGUCCCAGAUGCUGAUGCCAGCCAAUAUUUAGGGCCCCCACUGCUGCACAAUAGCUGCUGUGUUCUCACGCUGUCUGUUGGUAUCGGCCAGGUACUGCUUUCAAGUUCGGAUACAGUGAUGUUGGUCCUCUGCUGGUGGGAUUCUGGUGUUUUAAAAACAUCCAUAUGCUUUUGUUGAGAAAGUAAUUUGCUGAUGUUUUACUUCCAAAUCAAUAAAGGAGACUAUUUUCUGUAUCAGCUGGAAUCUGGUGCAGUAACACACA